AUGAAAUUACUUCCGAAAUUUUCAAAACAAAAAACAAUUCCUCGUUCACAACUUAUCAAAUAUGCAAUAAUUAUUUGUAUUUUUACAAUUCUAUGGAAUAUAAUUGAAGGAGUAGUUUCGAUAUUUUUUGGUAAUGAAGGUGACUCGGUUAGUUUAAUAUUUUUUGGGGUUGAUUCAUUCAUUGAAGUUACCUCGGCAGGUUUAGUACUAUGGAGAUUUUUAACUGAAUCAAAACCUGAUGAAGAGAAAGCAGUUCAAAUUUUAGAAGAAAAUUUAGGAAAAGAGAGAAAAGCUACAAUGGGAAUUGGAUUGUUAUUUCUUUUGUUAUCAAUUGCUACAAUUUCGGAUGCAAUUGUUGCUUUAGUACAAAGAAGGAACCCCGAAACAACAAUAGCAGGGUUAAUUAUUUCUAGUGUAUCAUUAUCAUUUAUGGGAUUUCUUUGGUUAUCUAAAAAAUAUCUUGCUAAAAAGUUAAAUUCUUCUACGAUGGCUUCUGAAGCUCAAUGUUCUUUGGCUUGUAUUAAAAUUACGUUAGUAUUAUUCCUUGGAAGCAUACUUUUUAUGAUAUGGAAAAAGGGCUGGUGGAUAGAUUCUACUGCUGCUAUCAUCCUUGGUAUUUUGUUUGCUAAGGAAGGGGUUGAUAUGAUCAUGUGGGCAAGAAGUAAAAACUUUAGUGGAGGAUGUUGUAAACAUGAUGCAAUUGAGAAGAAAUGUUGUGAGAAAGAAAAUGAAAAGGAAAAUAGAUGUUCUGUGAAUUCUGCAACAUCUUUAUCAAAUAAUGAUGGAAAGAGGGAAAGGAGCGGAAUUACAACCAUAGUUGAAAAGUUGACUAGUUUCACCAAGGUUAAUAGGGCAAGUUUUCGUAAGUCUACAAAUUCUGUAAGCAAAAAUACUUUAACUAAUCAAGAAGGUAACCAAGAAGAUAACCAAGAAAGGAAGCAUGAUUGUUGUUCUGACAAUAAAGUUUGUAAAACUUCUCGCAGCGCUAACGAAGUUGAUUAUAAUGAAACGACGGAGAAAUAUUGUGGAGACGACAAGACAAAUCAAAGUUCAUGCUGCUCUAAAGAAAGCAAAGAAUCAACUGAAAAUAAAGAUAAUGUUAAAUUCUCAUCAGGUGAAGAAGAAAAAGAAAAAAAUAUAAAAAUCAAUUCAUUGACAAUUGUUGAAACUCGAGAUACAAUUGAUGUAGACGAGAACAAAGAAAAAGAUUCAAGUUGCGCAUGUUGCCACGAAUAA